GAAUGUUUUAUUUUUAAACCUGCACAACAAAUAUUAUUUUACAUCUAAAAAUACACUUAUUUAUUUAUAAAAUAAAAAAAUAGUUACAUAAUUGUUACAACCAAUUAAUCUUAUUUUAAGUUAUAUACAUUUUCUUGGAUGUAAUGAUGCAGAGCGAAAUAAAAGCAGAUUUAAAAAAUUCGAACAAUUUGCAUUUGCAAUGUGAGGGAGGGAGUAACCUGCGUAAUGAGUCAAUUGUUAAUUUUGUCAUCACCAAACCGGAACCACGGUUUUUCGACUUUAUAAUUACCAAAACCAACAGACACAAUGCCGAAUAUUUGUCAAAUCAAAUGCACAAUGUGUUAGAAAAGUAUGGGCCUGAAAAAUUUCUGGUUAUUAUUGGUGACAAAGCUGCAAAUAUGAGAGGAGCUUUUCGAUUAUUAACAGAAAAAUUUAAUAACAUUGUGCCAUUAGGCUAUUGCUCACCUACUGCAUUUAGUAUGGAAUGACAUAUUAAGCUGCGAGUAUAUCAAAAC